CCCCCAACGCCCAAUUCGCCCCGAGUAUUUUUGGUUUUAAUAAAUGCACACAUAAUAUAUACCCUAUGUUUAAUGGUUGCAGGCUUAUUCUAGAAUGACCAGCUGUAGUCAAAUGACAAAUUAUGUCUCUGUACCAACACAAAUAGUAGCAAGAUAAACCAACGGUUUUUUUCCAUUGCCAUAACGCGUGGCAAUAAGUAGGGUAAACGCUUUCGAAGGACAAUUUCCCCUAUCUCUUUUCUUUCCCCACCUCUGUGCCUCACAUGUACGUACCGAUCACUUUAUGGGGCUGGUAAAGAAAAUUUUCGCUGGUUAUGCCUACUUUAGAAAGUUUACAGUAAAGAAGGGCCUAGGUUCCCUGCUUAUCGCUUGUUGCAACGAGAGGAGAUUGCUCGAGGGCAAGCAGUUUGACAGUCAUCGCUCUUGUGUUUGGCGUGUGGGUCCUCUCUCCUGUUGGUCCUCUACAGGCUACACCUUCGCACACACCGAUUCAAGAGGCCUGGGGACCAAGGACUGGGCUUGGCUAACACUCGAGCAUACCUGGACAGACACUAUGUUGUCCCCAGCGCGUGAGAGGAGGCCACUAAAACAACGACACAGCCACAGGUGUCGCGACAACUGAACUGAUGUCAACAAAGCAAGCUAUUUGUAAAACUAAGAGGUUUAUUAUUCUACGUCUCAACUGAUCGCUACAACUCCUGCUGUCUCCAACAGAAGUGAGCACGAGCAACUCUCAGACGCCACGCGCGUCACCAAGCCAAUUACGUCAUCGUUGCAAGGAGGCUUCUUUCAGUCAUAAAAUUCAACAAAUUUUCAAGAUGGCAGCGGACCCAACAUCAACUCCUCUCACUCCUCCUCCCAUAGAGUUGGAGGAUAACAUUACCACUACAACUACGACCACUCUGGCACCUGUUGACGUGUUUCUGAAUACCGUUGGAACUCUCUUUGACUUUCGUGAGAUGUCGAUCGUUGACUGGGACGAGGUCCAUGACGGGGACAAGGUUGCGCCCAGGGCGUACACCUCUUGGAACGCCCUCAACAUUACUCGUCUGGCCCUGGCCACCUGGAUCCUGGCCAGUCACUUGGCCAUCGUGGUGUUCCUGUUGGCCAAGCAUGUCUUGAGAACGCAGCCCAAAAACCUGUUGAUUGUGAACGUCGCUUUGGCCAACAUUCUCAUGGGAGCUUUCGUUGUGCCUGUCAAGCUUCACUUUAUUCUACAUCCUGACCAUGCCGACUGUGACUUGGCCGUGGGUUGGAUGUUCAUCUCUGACUACUUCCAGAGCUCCUUGUCACUGUUCGCCGUUUUCUGCCUGGUCCUCGAGCGAUUUGUCUACGUCUACACAGAGAAAAAGCAGAAGAACAUUCUACCAUUAGCCAGAACUAUCGGAACAGUCAUACUCAUGUUGGUUCCGUGGGUCUUCUCCCUCAUCAUUCUCUUGCCCACAUUCCUCAGCGGCCUCCUCGCAAAGUCAACCAAGUCAGACUCUUGCUUGUUCAAAGUAGACGACUCUUUUUUUCUCGCCUGCCAACUGCUCGCGUUCAUCCCCGCUUCUUUCGGCGUGUUCAUCUUCGCUCCAUUCACGGGACUCCUCGACUGUCUACGUCCAAAGCGAUGUUUCUACCGACCGCUCACACCGCGCGGGGAGUCCAGCACCGUCACCACAAUCGUUACCCUUUUCUCCAUCUUCUGCGAGGCGCCGUACUGCAUCGUGAGGGUGUUGAUGAUGAGGAUGGAAUGCAACAGUCCCGACUGCACACGCCUGGCCGAAGGCCUGACACUCACCAUGUGGCUGAGAAUCAGUAAAGCUGCCGUCUUUCCUUUCAUCUGGCUGGCGUACACAGAUAUUCGGGAUGCUAUGAAAUGCAAAUUUGACUUGGAUGCUGUAUGUGGAGAUGACGACGACUUUGGCGAUGAUGACGAUGAUCGUAAACUGGAGGACACUGACCCGGGGUACCCCCUCACAGUACGCCGAGCGUAGGGACCAAGCAUUAGUAUAUAUAUAAGGGAGAUCAUUAUAGUCAUGCUGGACUUGUGAUAAUGCUAUUAAGUCAUAGUCUAUACCAGUGUUUGCCAACCCGGGCGAAACCGAGCGAUUCGGUAAUUUUGGUGGGCGGUGGGGGGUCACUUCUGUAGUGACAGGUCAAUGUCCACAGUUGGAAAAAUACAUGUAAGUGGGCGAUAAUAACGGUGGCACCUUACGGACACUGGCAAUAAAAAGGUUGGCAAGCGCUGGUGUAUACUGUUCAAGCUCCCUGUGCCAGACCCUUCUCCUAUUAAGGAAGUGAUCAAAUAUCAUUUGCUCUGCUUCAUGUGUUGGAAUAUGGGUACGCUCCAGCUACAUAGGCUUUUACUUUUAUAACCCGAGGAGGAAUUAAAUUUUGAUAUCGUCUUCAAA